UCAAAUUUAAGGCAAGGAAUUGUUUGUGAAAUGAAUCGUACCCUUGAAGUUGGACAUACAUUUUGAAUCCAAGCCCUGCCAGUAGGGUGGUUCACCAACCGGAUGACGUUGCAGCUUAUCAACGGUUUCACCGUUUCUUCUUGAAUUCUCUGACCCACAGUGCCAUGACCUCCACCACAGAUAAUUUGCUUUAGAAUGUAAGAUUAGAGUUCAGCAAAAUCUAUAGUGUUCCUUAUUGUGCGUGGAUGUUAUUACCCUACUUAACCAAGUUUGAGUCAUCUUCUGUGAGAAUUUUAAGGGGAUACAGAAUUGAAUCCAGCACAAGUCUUGCAUUCCGUUUUGAACCAUAUCAUUAUGGCCUAAUACAUGCAAAGCGAUUACAUACUCUACUUGCUGAAGAAAUGGCUUAUUUCAGCCAAAGCUUACUUACCUCUGUUGCCAGAUCAAGAAGAACAUGCUGUUUCACAUACAGCAAUUUAUGGACUUCAGUGAUGGUUCUCCAUGUGCGUGAUUUUCAUUCAAACAGACUAUAUCUGAAAGAUAAAGGACUUGGGAGAGUCUGUCCUCUUCUCUUCUGCAAUUUACCCCACGUGCACACCUCUUUAAUACCUGUGUGCAAAUUCUACCUGUCAGUUCGGUGGCUUCAAGGGAAUAAAGUAUCUUUGAAUAAAAACAAGCACAUACCAGAUCCUGAGGCAGAAGAUUCACUUUCCCGAACAACUGAAAAGGUUGUUGUGAAGAAAACUUGGAAGCAUAAAAUUAUCAGUGAACUAAAACACUACUACAACGGAUUCCGAUUACUUUGGAUUGACACAAAGGUGGCAGCAAGGAUACUUUCAAGGUUAUUGUAUGGAUACCAGCUCACCCGUAGAGAGAGACGGAGGCUCAUACGAACAUGUGUUGACCUCUUCCGCCUGGUUCCCUUUAUGAUCUUUCUGAUUGUACCGUUUAUGGAGUUCCUGCUGCCUGUCGUUUUAAAAUUGUUCCCUGGGAUGUUACCAUCUACGUUUGAGACAAAACUGACAAAGGAAGAAAAUCAGAAAAAUAAACUGGCAGCAAAACUUGAGCUUGCAAAAUUUCUCCAGGAAACUAUUGCAGAAAUGGCUAAAAGGAAUAAAGCAGAAAGUGGAGAAGCUACCAAACUGUUUUCUUCCUAUGUACAGAAGGUGCGUCGCUCAGGGGAAAAUCCAAGCACUCAGGACAUAGUGCGUUUCUCCAAGCACUUUGAAGAUGAGUUGACACUGGAGCACCUGAGCCGUCCUCAGCUCGUGGCACUGUGUAAGCUUUUGGAACUGCAGCCUUUUGGUACAAACAAUCUGCUUCGCUUCCAGCUCCAGAUGGAACUAAGAUCCAUAAAAGCAGAUGAUGAAAUGAUUGCCAAAGAAGGUUGUAACUUUUUGACUGUGUCAGAAUUACAAACAGCAUGCAGAGCAAGGGGAAUGAGAUCAUUGGGAUUGACAGAAAAGCAGCUACGGGAGCAGCUCACACAGUGGCUUGAGUUGCACCUGAAAGAAAACGUGCCUCCAUCAUUGCUACUGUUGUCUCGUGCUAUGUACCUGACUGAUGUCAAGCCAAAAUCUGUUAGACAGAGUGUGCCAAAAAUUGAGCUGGGUAUUACUAGUACCUUGAGCAAAGAGCCACAGGGACAAAAGAUCACUGAAGAAUCAACCCCACCAGCUUCUGAGACAAUGACUGACUUGGCCCCAGUAUUGAAAAGCACAAAGGCUGCAGAUGGAGAAGAGUCGCAGAAAACCAAGGCCUCUGCAAAUGGUUCAGGAUGAAUUAAGACACUGCAGCAUCCAUCAACAUGGAGAAACUCCUAACACCAGGGUACCUCUUCUCUGAGCUGAACAAUGUCAAGAUAACUCCAGUAAUGGACACUAUGGAGGUCUGGUAAUACCCAUGUGGCAGCCCAUGCUUCUGUUGUGCAGUUAAAGUUUCAAUCACACUGCUUACCUCCUGGUAGCCUGUAGAUGAAUGCUGCAUCGAAAGAGCACUCAUUAAUGAGGAGAGGUAAGGUGGUCAUGACAGCACUGUAUAUGUAAACUACUAGUUUGUCUUAUUUGUUGCAGGACAGUGACACUGGAAGUGAGAACAGGGUAAAGUAAUUCCCCAAAGCACAACUGUACAUCGUACAGAAACUUUGGAUCAGUGUUCCAAUUUUGAAACAUCUCAUUAAUUUGUAUUCUGUAUGGCAUUAGUGCAGGGAAAAACAUACAAAACGACACGGUCAGUAAUAUUUAUAAUAGGUUUUUUCCCUCUGACCAACUGCCUCAUGUUCUGAUAAAAUGGGCUUCUUCCUAUAUUCUUGUAACUGGGAAUGGUACUGUGCAGAUAUGGGACAACAGGAGCUUGAUGCUCAGUCAUAAUUUUAAAGACAUAAUUUUAACUUAUUUAUCGAGUGCUAAACAUAGAUUUCUGCUUGGUGUGGCAAUGUUUGUGUUACAAUUUGAGCUAAUCACCAGCACAUGUCUUUUGCUCACCCAUUCAGAGUUAUGCUCUUUAAUUGAUCCAUUGUUGAAUAGAUCACCUUAUUUUAUAACCCCACCUAUCAUGUUUGUAAUCAGUUGUUUAGUUAUGUGAUUUUUUCCAAGCAGAAACAGCUGCCUUACUACUUCUCUCUACUGCUGGGAAAGCAGAGCAGAACUGGCCCUGGAUUUAUCAAAGUAGUUUUUUGUUCCCAAGCUGGGGCGGUAAUAUUGGGAGAAAAAUAAGCAAGCUGACGGAAAUGCAAACAUAUUCUUUUGGUCUUUUUAAACAACAUAUGUGACUGUACCAUCUACAACCCUUUAAUGGAUGGACUUGAUUUGUGGAACUGCACCUGUUCAGCUGCAGUGUUCCACUUCCAAAGAUCCACUGACCAUGUUCUCUGACACUGGACAAGCUGAGCACACUUACAGCCAGUGAGUAAAUAUGAAGCAUCUGAUGUUUAACUUUGGAAGGAGUGAACAAGAGUGUUUUGAAGAGGAAUUCCAAUCCAAUCCUGCUGUUUUGUUAAUGACUUUGGUUAUGUCAAUGAUCUGAAUUGCAGUUACAAUAUGCAAUAAAAAAGACACAAAUUCA